AUGGAGACAUUUAUUGAAAACGAACUCGGCUCAGCACCAGUCACCGCCAGUGUCAUAGAUUCCAUCAAAAUCGGAUUGGCAGAUACGUGCAAAGUGGUAAAUUCCCGUUUAAUGGCAGUAGCUUUCUUUGGCGAAAAGCUAGCAUCCGAGCCAGUCUUUGCAGAGGCUGUUUACCAGCACCCCUUACAAACUGUGACCUGCAUGAGUUUGUUUCAACUUGCGCCAAAAUUCAUGUACCCGCUCAUUACGGCUGUUGUGACCCGGAAAGGGCAAGCAAUGAAACAAGUCGAAGAGCGUGUGUGUCCCAUUAUCGAAAAGGGCGUGGAGAGUUGGGAUGAUCUGUCAAAAGUGGAACACGUAAGGCUAAACCCCCCUUACAGCCGUCAGAAUGCAGCUCAUAUCUUCCAGACCAUUCUAUACAACAUGAUGGAAGAAACAAAGGAUAAUCGCAGCUACUGGACACCCGCUGCCGUCUGCCAGGCAAUCAUGGGACUUUGGCUUGCAGCUUCACACCAGCCAUGGGUGAACCUAUACAUAUUCAUCUACCAGCUCUGUGCCCAGCCCAAAUGGCAAGAUAUAAUCCGGGACGAAUUCCGCGCAAACGGCAGCGGCCUGGAUUUCGACAGUCUAGAGAACCUCCCUCUACUGGACAGUUUCAUGCGGGAAAGUUCACGAUUCCACUGCUUGGAUAAAUGUAUGUGCGAGAUCUUCCCCAAGCUCAUCAAUCAAUCGUCUUCAACAUUUGAAUUCAAACUUACUUGUCCGUCCCAUUAUUUAGUGAAUAUCCGCCGAAAAGCCAUGCGGGACUACACCUUCUCUGAUGGCUCGACGUUUGCUCCGAAGGGGUCCACCGUCUGCGUCUCAAACUAUGAGGUGUCGCACGACCCUGAAAAUUACCCGAAUCCUGACAUCUUUGACGGCUUCCGCUUUGUGCGUGGUCGCUCUAAUGAUAGGACGACUGGGUAUGCGGAUGUCUCUGAGAAGAAUCUUAUGUGGGGCUAUGGCUCGCUGGCUUGCCCUGGGAGGGUGCAUGCGUCCUUUGUUAUCAAGUUUGUGCUGUGUUCACUGCUCUCGAGUACUGGCGAUUUCAAAGAAUGA